AUGCGUAUCACCGUUAGCGUCAUCCGUCCCGACGCGGACUCGGACAUUAUCAACCUAGAAGUCGGUGGUGACAUGACGAUCGAGCUAUUGAAAGCCAUUGUCGAAAGCGAAACCGCCAUCCCGCCACAAGCCCAACAAAUUGUCUACAACAACCAGCUCCUCGGAAACCCCUCACAAACCCUCGACCAAGUGGGCAUUGCUGAAGGCGACAUGCUAGGCGUCCACGUCACCCUCCGUCCUCCGCAACAACCACGACCCUCCCCCUCUGCCUCCUCCGUCGCUCCGCGUCAGGCCCCACCCCGCCCGGGCAUGCAAGACCCAGAAACAAUUCGCCUACACAUCCUGGGUGAUCCCCGCGUGCGCGAAGCCGUCCGCAGGCAGAAUCCCGAGCUGUCUGACGCGGCAGAUAACGCUCAGCGGUUCCGCGAGGUCCUCAUGAGGCAGCAGCAGAGAGAGGCACAGCUGGAAGCAGAGAAGGAAGCUCGCAUCGCCAUGCUCAAUGCUGAUCCUUUCAACCCGGAUAACCAGAAGGAAAUUGAGGAGAUUAUUCGCCAGAAUGCCGUCACGGAGAACCUGCACAACGCCAUGGAGCAUCAUCCCGAGUCCUUUGGCCGCGUUACUAUGCUCUACAUCCCCGUUGAAGUAAAUGGUCACCGCCUAAAUGCGUUCGUCGACUCCGGCGCCCAGGUCACAAUCAUGUCGCCCGAAUGUGCAACAGCCUGCAACAUCAUGCGGCUAGUCGACCGCCGCUACGGCGGUAUCGCCAAGGGAGUCGGCACCGCGCCGAUCCUCGGCCGCGUCCACUCGGCCCAGAUUCGCAUCGGCGAGAUGUUCCUCCCCUGCUCGUUCACCGUGAUGGAGGGUAAGCAGAUCGAUCUGCUUCUCGGGUUGGACAUGCUCCGCCGACACCAGGCCUGUAUUGAUCUCAAUCGGGGCGCCCUCGUCAUCCAGGAUCAGGCUGUGCCGUUCCUAGGCGAGGCUGAUAUUCCGCGUCACCUGACUGAGGAGUUUGAGGCUGAGCCUACGGUCAAAGGGGCAGAUGGAGCGGAAGUCGGAGCUAGAACUGGAGCUGUUACCCAUAAAGCGGGUGGCGAGGAAGGAGGCAAUACUAGCACUACUGCCCCUGCACCAGCGCCAGCUUCAUCCCAACCGCGAAUCAAUAUCCGGCCUGCGCCUGCACCGCCUGCGUCGCGCUGGCCGCAAGACUCUAUUGCCAAAAUCACCGAGCUGGGCUUCACACGUGAAGAAGCUGUUCGGGCGCUUGACAUGGCGAAUGGAAACCUGGACCAUGCGAUCGGGUUUUUGAUCUAG